GGUUAGUGAAGUGUUUCCAAAGAAUUUAACAAUUAGUGGGUCAUAACAGCUAGAAACUAUAUUUAAGAUGCGUAACGUCGAUUGUAUUGGAUAUUUGUUUAUACUUAUCCUUACACUAUUAAAUCAAACUUCAAGUGGGUACAAAAUAUUAGGAGUAUUUCCACAUGGAGGAAAAAGUCACUUUUUUGUUUUCGCUCCAAUAUUGAGAGAAUUGGCUCGGAGGGGUCAUGAAGUAACUGUUAUAAGUCAUUUUCCAGAAAAAAAUCCUUUACCAAAUUAUACAGAUAUAUCUAUAAUUGGUGCUGGAAGAAUUGGUUUUAAUAAUAUACCCGUAAGCGCGUUUUCAGACGGUAUAUUUAAGAAUAUCUUCAGGCAUAUACAGUUGGCUGCAGACGGACAAAGGAAUUGUGAAGCGCUAAAUUAUCCACAAAUUCAAAACCUUGUUAGAUCAAAUAAAACAUUUGAUCUUAUUCUUCAAGAAAAUUUUAAUUCUGAUUGUUUUAUGGCUUUGAACUAUAUAUUCCAAGCACCGAGUAUAGGACUUAGUUCUUGUACUGUUAUGACAUGGCUACAUGCUAGAUUUGGUAUUCCAGUGAAUCCUUCUUACAGACCAAUAACUAAUUUACCUCACGGUGAUAAAAUGACAUUUUAUCAACGGGUGAGUAACACUGUGUACUAUUUCAUACAUGGAUACCUAAUACCAGUUAUGUUUAUGACAAAACAAGAUGACAUUGCUGUAAGAAAGUACCUUGGAGCAAAUAUACCGUCAGUAGCAGAUAUCGCUAAGAAUACGAGCUUGUUUUUAAUAAAUACGCACUAUACCUUGAAUAAGGCUUGGGCGUAUCCACCAAACGUUAUUGAGAUAUCCGGUGUUCAUCUUGACAAACCGAAAGCAUUACCAGACGAUAUAGAAAACUUCAUUUCGGAAUCUCCACACGGGGUUAUUUACUUUAGUUUGGGAUCGAUGAUAUUGGGAAGUUCAUUAAGUGAUGAUGUUAAACAAGCAUUUAUGGAUGCCUUUAAAGAGCUACCGCAGCGAAUAUUGUGGAAGUAUGAGGGCGAAACAUUACCAGGGAAACCAGACAAUGUUAUGAUUCGAAAAUGGAUGCCACAGCUGGAUAUUUUAAGUCAUCCAAAUGUGGUAGGAUUUAUUUCUCACAGUGGAUUACUAGGUAUUAUUGAAGCAUUUUAUAAUGGAGUUCCAAUUGUAUCGAUACCGUUUUUUGGUGAUCAAUUUCACAAUGCAAAAACGUUAGAAUCUCAUGGAACUGCAGCAAUCCUCGAUGCUUGGAAUCUUAAAAAAGAUUCUAUUAGUAAAGCGUUGAAUUUUAUUUUGCAACCCAGAGUAUUGGAAAAAGCGAAACGUCAAGCACGUUUGUUUCGUGAUCGCCCCGAGUCACCUUUGGAUACUGCUAUAUGGUGGAUUGAAUAUGUAGCUCGAAACGGUGGAGCACAUGAAACGAGACCAGCUGUUGUUAAUAUGCCAUUUUAUCAAUCUGCUCUCCUGGAUGUUGGACUAUUCCUGUUAACUGUGAUAUUAAUUGUAGUUUACAUAAAUUUUAAAUUAUCAAAAUUAAUUUUAAGUAAGCUAUUUAGUCAGAACAAACAAAAAAAAGAUUGA